UACAAAAUCACAUGACCAUGUCUUUGAACAUGAUAGAUUUUCCUCUUCAUCUCUGCACUUUUUUGGAAGAUAACUUUAAUAAAUUGCUAAACGCUUGAUUUGACAGGAGCCAUGUGCUAACAAAGGAUGGAACAGAAAAAUGAAAGUUCUUUUGCUGGAUUUAUCUUACUGGGCUUCUCUGACAGACCUCAACUUGAGCUCGUCCUCUUUGUGGUCCUUUUGAUCUUCUACAUCUUCACUUUGCUGGGAAACACAACCAUCAUCGCAUUGUCCUACUUGGACCCACGUCUUCACACCCCGAUGUACUUUUUCCUCUCUAACCUGAGCUUUCUGGACAUGUGCUACACGACUAGCAUUGUUCCACAGCUCCUAUUUAAUCUCAGCAGAGCAGACAAAUCCAUCUCCUUUGGUGGCUGUGUAGUUCAAAUGUACAUCUCUCUGGCGUUGGGAUGUACAGAAUGUAUUCUCCUAGGAGUUAUGGCAUUUGACCGCUAUGCAGCUGUUUGCAGGCCCCUUCACUACACAGUAAUCAUGCACCCCCGUCUGUGUGCCCUGAUGGCUUCCGCUUCAUGGAUCACUGGUUUUGUCAACUCCUUAUUGCAGACAGUGCUCAUCUUCCUUUUACCUCGUUGUGGGAGAAAUAAAUUAGACCACUUCUUUUGUGAGAUCCCUCCUUUUCUCAAACUUGCCUGUGUUGACACCACCAUGAAUGUGUAUGUGACCUUCUUUGGCAGUGUCGUCAUUCUUCUCACACCUGUUUCAUUAAUCAUGUUCUCCUAUGGUCGGAUUGUCAGGGCGGUCUUAAGAAUAAAAUCCACUGCAGGGCAGAGAAAAGCAUUUGGCACGUGUGGAUCCCACCUCACGGUGGUCUCCCUGUUCUUUGGCACAGCCAUCUAUGUGUAUUUUCAGCCUAGCAGCAGUGACUCCCAGGAUCAGGACAAGUUCAUGUCUCUCUUCUACACUGUCAUUAUCCCCAUGACCAACCCCCUCAUAUAUACGCUGAGGAACAGGGAUGUGAAGGGAGCGAUGAAGAAGGUGCUUUGGAAGGACUCUUACUCCAGAUGAUAGCUGAAGAGGACAGUUUAAUGGAAAGACUUUGAAUGCCAGAACUAUUCAUAUAUAUAUGUAUGUGCCCCAUGAGUCAUCUAAAAUUUCCUUUGGCAACUCUGCAGGGAAUUUGUUUCUUUCAUUCCCUUUGAAAAGUGAGUGUUCAAAUUCUAGGUUCAUGUAUUCAUUUCAAUUUCCAGAGACGCUGAUUCAGUGUUCCGACAGCAUCUGUUUGUAGUUAUUGUUUUUUAAGUUCCAGGGUUUUUCUUGUUUGCACUCCCUUUUAGGUACAUAUUUCCACAUCUAUUUCCAAAAUGACAUAUGAAUAUACUACAUGAAAUCACAGCCAAAAUAAGAACAGGAAACCACUGCAAUGAUGUAAGGAAUAUUAACAUUUUAUCAUUUCCUAAGAAUUGUUACUGCUACAACUCAUGUAUUCAGAUGCCAAAGGGUAGAUAUCAGUUAGCUUCUUCUGUAUAACAAAUCACUUCGAAACUUAGUUGCUUAAAACACCAACCAUUAAUUUAUCUCACCAUUAUGUGUGUCAGCAUUUGGGCUAAGUUUAGCUGGACAGUUCUUCUGGUCUCGGCUGGACUCACUGAAAUGCCUGCAGUAGGCUUCUGGGUCUACUUAGUGCUUCCUGAUCUAGAUUGCCACAGUUGUCAUGGCUUCCAUCUCUUUGAUGUGGUCUCUUAUCUUCUGGUAUGAUGGCCUGGAAUGUUCAUAUGGAGAAGGCCAAUUUCCAAGUCCUUGUGACCAAUUUAUUGUUUAAGAUAUGGCUACUCUCCUGCUUGCCUGUCCUGUCUUUCUUUGUGAAUUGUUUACCUCCAUAAAUAGUAACUGUUAGGGUCUGUUCUUUGUUCCACAUGGAGAGUCUAGGAGGUCACAGUGUAUUUCCAUAGCCUCUUUUCCCAGUCAACAAUAAGUAGGGCCUUCCCUGGUGGUCUAGUGGUAGAAUCCUGCUGCCAAUGCAAUGAACAGAAGUUACAUUCCUGGUCCAGGAAGUUCCUACAUGAUGCAGAGCAACUAAGGCCAUGCACCACAGCUACCCAGCCAGCUCUCUAGAUCCCAUGAGCCACAACUACUGAAGCCGGCAUGGCCUAGAGCCCGUGGUCCCCAACAAGAGAAGCCACGGCAAUGAGAAGCCCUUGCACCGCAGCUAGAGAAAGCCUGCAUGGAGCAAUGAAGAGCGGCAAAAAACUGAGCACAGCAAAAACAAAAGAAAAAAUCCAAUCAGUGGGAGGUCUUUCCUGUUGGCCCGGUGGUUAAGAGUCCUCACUUUCACUGCAGAGGUCAAGGGUUCCAUCCCAGCUCAGGAAACUAAGGUCCACAUGCCAUGCAGCAUGGC